GUUUGAGAGGUUCUUAUCUGGUUCUCCACAUCCAAUUAUUGUCUAUUUAAAUUUAUUUAUUAAGAUUUUUAUUAAAAAUAUUAAUAAAAACGAUGCCACGAGAUGUUCAUAAAAACCUUUAAUUUUUUUUAAUUUCAAAAGCACUCGUUAUAUUUCCAAAAUGGACUAUAAAUUAGAAGAUAGGUGGAGGCGGUAUGAAAAAAUAGAAUUUUUGGGAGAAGGACAGUUUGCUACUGUCUACAAAGCCAGAGAUGUUGAAACAGAUAUGAUCGUUGCUGUCAAAAAAAUAAAAGUUGGAAGCCAGGCCGAGGCGAGAGAUGGAAUAAACAGGACUGCUUUAAGGGAAAUAAAACUUCUACAAGAAAUAAGACAUAUUAAUAUCAUAGGACUCUUAGAUAUUUUUGGCCACAAAUCUAAUGUAUCAUUGGUUUUUGACUUUAUGGAUACUGAUCUAGAAGUAAUAAUCAAGGAUACAAGCAUAGUCCUUACACCAGCACACAUUAAAGCUUACACUCUAAUGACACUUUUAGGAUUGGAAUAUUUACAUAACAAUUGGAUCCUUCAUAGGGAUCUGAAACCUAACAAUCUUUUAAUAAAUGGUGAUGGAGUACUUAAAAUUGGUGAUUUUGGUUUAGCAAAGUUUUACGGUUCUCCCAAUCGAAUUUACACCCAUCAAGUUGUCACUCGAUGGUACAGAUCUCCAGAGUUACUCUUCGGCGCAAGAAUGUACUCGACUGGUGUUGAUAUGUGGGCAGUAGGUUGUAUUUUUGCAGAACUGCUCUUACGAGUCCCUUUCCUCCCAGGGGAAUCUGAUUUGGACCAGCUGACGAGAAUAUUCUUUACACUUGGUACUCCUACGGAACAAACAUGGCCAGGAGUGACAUCUUUACAAGAUUAUAUACAAUUUAAAACUUUCCCUGGGACACCUUUAAAGCAGAUAUUUACAGCUGCGGGAGAUGAUUUACUAGAUGUUAUUGAAUCACUGCUAGCGAUUAAUCCAAGGGAAAGAAUUAAUUGUCCUCAAGCCUUAAAAAUGCCAUAUUUUAGUAAUAAACCAGCUCCUUCUCCUGGAUCUCAACUUCCAUUGCCUAGCUCUUUAAGACAACAACAAGCGAAACCAGGCUCAAAAAGGAAACUAAUAGAAUCUAAUCUAGGAGCUAUUCAGCCAAAAAAGUUGCAGUUUGAUACUAGUACGUAACAAUAACAUAAUAGAGGUGGUAUAAUUCUUCUAAGAAGAAUGAAUUAAUAAUAUUAAACAAUUUAAGAUGUACUAAUUUUAUAAAAGAUGUGUAUAAAUGUUAAAAAAUAUUCAUAAUAUUAAAUAAAUACUUUGAUAAAU